UUCCUGCUACGUCACGUCUGGAGCGCGGCUCAGAGAUGUCUGAGAGGAGGGAGUCGGGAGACGAGAGGCCCUCGCAGGAGAGUCCCCGGACGGCCCCGGUGACCAUCAGCGAUGUGCAGGAGCUGGUGCGGCGGAAGGAUGAGAUCGAGGCGCAGAUCAAGGCCUACUACGAAGUGCUGGAGGACCAAAAAGGAGUUGGGAUGAAUGAGCCUCUGGUCGACGUUGAGGGAUAUCCUCGAGCAGAUGUGGAUGUGUAUCAAGUCCGUACGGCGAGGCACAACAUUAUCUGUCUGCAGAAUGACCACAAAGCCCUGAUGAAGCAGGUAGAAGAAGCCUUGCACCAGCUCCAUGCCAGUGGGAAAGAGAAGCAAGCAAGGGACGCAGCCGAGGCGCAGAAUGAGGCCUUGAGCCAAGGCCAGGGCCUGAGCCACAGUCCCCCUCAGCCCUUUGCUAAAGUGAACAGCAUCAGCCCGGGCUCUCCUGCCAGCAACUCGGGUCUCCAAGUGGAUGAUGAGAUUGUGGAGUUUGGCUCAGUGAAUGCCCACAACUUCCAGAAUCUGCAGAACAUUGGAACAGUGGUCCAGCACAGUGAAGGACAUCCAUUGAAUGUGGUAGUUUUCCGGAGAGGCGAGAGGCUCCAGCUGAGGCUUGUCCCUAUGCGCUGGGCUGGGAAAGGACUGCUGGGCUGCAAUAUUAUUCCCUUGCAAAGAUGAUUGCCCAUCGGAACUAUGACAGAGAAGGCCCUCCCCCUUCCCAUCCCCUGAACCCGGAGGUGGCUGGGAUUUCCCUUCUUCAGCUCCUGCUGGGAACUUAAGGAUUUGCAAUGGCUUUGGAAGGGUGAACUCUCCAUCGGGUGUUGGGGAUGCACUACCAACAGGGGUUUUGACCAACAGUCUGCCUAGAUUAAGGCUUGGUUAAAACUUCACAUUUGUUUAGCAUCUCCUUCAAAUUAUGUCUUGGUCUUUAAUGGAAAUGAUUUUUGCUUUUGGAUGAGUGGGUAGGAAUCUAAUUUGACAGUAUUUUUACCCUUUUAGACAUGCUUUAAUUUUUUUUUUUUAAUUUGGAUAAGGAGAUUUGAUUAGCAGUGUGCUGCUUUGCUGUCCUGAUACACACACACACACACACACACACACACACACACACACACAGAGUCCAUUUAAACCAAAGUGUGCGAGGUCAGAGUCUUCCCAUAGAAACUCGUACACAAAAAGCUGCCAGUGGAGUUGAGCUGAGCUGUCCAGGCAUUUCUAAAGUUGUAACUUGACUCUUAUUUCCUUAUAUCAUCUCUUACUAGGUUGGGUCUACUGACCAGAGUAUAAUGAUGUUUAAGCUUAGGGGAGCUAACUUAUCUGGAGCUUGGAUGGCUGGGCGGUGAUAUGGUAAAUCUGGAAUGUCUCUCUGCAACCUCAAAACAGUCUGUAACCACGGACCAAUCAAUACUGCUCAGUCUAAUUGGGAGAUGCAAGUCUUCUGCUUCCACAAGGGGGCAGCAAGGGCCCUACUUCUGAUGUCUGGGUCGGAGGAACCCUCUCCCCCGCCCCCAAUUAUCCGUGUCUGGCCCCCAAUUAUCCGUGUCUGGUCCAGCACCUUCUCUUAAGUUGUAAGAUAGAAAUUGUGAAAGUGGACGCUGACAUUAACCGAUGGGAACUUUCAGAGUUUUUUAGGGUUGGACACUUUCUAAGAGUUUGGAGUUUUUAAACAUGCACUCUAAUAAAUAUCAGUGAUUUCAAGUUACUGCCUGACAUCCUUGUAGCUAUUCUGCUUCUUUCAGGUGUAGGAUUUGGAGAUCUGUUUCCUACUGAAAGAAAAGACGGCUAAACUGAGAUGUGCAGAGCCAUUGUUCACUGUUGGACGAAUUUAUUAGGUGCCUGAAAUGUCGUCCUUCACUGAUGAGAGGGUGCAGACCCAGGGGUGGUGCUGGGUGGUGCCAUUUUAGUCUUCAUACUCAAGCGGAAGCCUUACUGUUCAGCAUCUUUCCCCAUAUGGAGAAAUUGGGCCCCAACUGUGUUCCCUCCAUGGCCAAUCUUUUAUUGUAACUGUAGAAAUAUUGUGCUUACUAGCGUUUGCUGUUUGAAUGACAAGCAUUCUCACUACUCAAGUGUUUUCGGACCUCUUCUCCUGACAUCCCAGACAGUUUAAUAAACACGGCCUGUGCCAUCCCGGUG